AUGUCAGAGUCUCCGCUGGCAAAACCAGAAAAGAUGCCGUUGAGGGAUUGGAUGUGCGGCGACAGAAAGACAGAUAUCACUUCAGGUUGGUUCUUCUACGAAUCUGAGGAAGACCAGAAAGACAAGAAAGAUCUUCUCCCGGCGGUGAUAUGUAAAGGGUGGGGAAUCAUCACCCCUGGGCGUUACUACCUUGAUAAUCAGAUCGGAUUCUCUAUCACCAACGGAAAGGAUGAGACGCCGUCGAAACACAUGCUGGAAGUUCUCAUCAAGGAUGAAAACAAAUUGAUCUGGCGACAAUGUCUGAAAGUGGAAGAUGCGAAGUGGAUCAAAGCCAUCCCACUCGGACAAACCACGGAUGGGCAACCUCUGUACUUGUGCCAGACCAAAUUUCGAUUCAAUGGCCAAACGGGUCUCCUGCCAGGCGUAGUAGGUCUUCCGGGUACGAAAGGUUGCUGUGGCUUUGUCAGGGGAAAACUGUACCAGGGUGAAGCUUAUGAGCUUCUAUGUUCAAAAUAG